UUCCGUUGAGACUAUAUCUUAUCAUUUAACUCUAAUCAGAUUUUCUCAGUGUUACUAAUUAAAGUUAUUUUUUGUACAUUUUUGUGUAAUUCUUAUUGAACAAAAUGUCAAAGUUAUUUACCGUUUGUUUGUCCUGUUUAUUAUUACUAUUUCUUCAGUUAUCAACAAAUUAUGCACAAAGCCCAUCUACUGAUUCUUCUACAGACACGCCUAUAACUACUACUACAGACUCCACCCCAUCUACCACUGAAGAAACUGUUCCACCUACCACCACUGAAACUCCUUCUUCCCUACCUACCACAACAACUCCUCAAACUGAAACACCGACAACAACUGAAGCCCCGACUACUGAAACUCCUACCACUACUGAAGCUCCGACUACUGAAACGCCCGCUCCAACCCCGAUCCCUCCCCACAGGAUCACCGAAUCCUUCACGUGGAGCUCCAGAAAACUGGACCAAAAUCCAAUUGUUGUAACAGUUCCCGAUGGAUAUUUCAUUUCGGUCACCGUUUCUGGUGUUAAUAUGGCCAAUGGAAACUACUUACUAAUUCAAGGAGGAGAAUCAUACUCAGACCAAGCAACCGAUGGUAAAGUUUUUGCAAAUACAGUGGAAGGUCCUGUGAGUUAUUUGUUCAAAACUUCUGCUGUUUAUGGCUAUUGUGAAACGGCAAAUAAAAACGCAGCCGAUGAGGAGCCUUUGUAUGACUUUGUGGCAGUAUUUGAAGUCGCUGGUGAUGGACCUACAACAACUGUAACCACCACUUCAACGACUCCAAUUACCGUUCCUACGACGGAAAAAGGGGCUUCCACUUACGUCACUGUAAACAUCUCUGGCAAAGCUUUAAAUGAUUACUACGAAGAAACCACUGUAGACGCAUUCAAAGAGUGUGUUGUUACAAUGGCCACAAAUUAUUGCAAAGACCAAAAUAUUUACCUCACUCAUGACAUUACCAAUGCUUAUGUGAUGAUCUCCGAAAUAUCUCGUUGUCCUUACUCGUGGCCACACAGCGAAACCUGUGUCCGAAUCACCUUUAAAUUACCAAUUUUCUACAACGAAUCUUCCAGCGUUCAAGAUUAUCAAUUAAAUACCGAACGUCUGGAAGACAUGUGGCUACGUUGGGACCAAUUAGACGAUCAGUGUUUCAGCAAUCAUUCAUUUUCAGUUUAUGAGGAACCGGAUAUUGAACAAUCAAUCGUUUGGUGGGCGAUCGGUAUAAGCAUUGUUUUGCUUGUUUUCAUUGCUUUGUUGUGGUUUUUGAAGAGUUUCAGUGCGAAAGUUAAAUCUGUGAUUAAAAAGAGGAUGAGGCGACACAGCGAUACAAAAUCGAUUAUUUCGCAACGGGAGAGUUACAGUUCGUUGACUCCACACUAUCUGCAGGAUCAUCUAGACACACCAAAGCUUUUUGAAGGAUAACACUGCAUUUUUGAGCGGUUUUGUUUUUUACUCAAAAUUUAAUGUAUUAAAAAAAUACAGUCACUAAAUAAUG